UUCUUUUCCUCUAUCGAUGGCAUGCUGAAUACCGUUUUGAUCAUCACACCACAUUUACGACUUCCCGCAUCGUGUUCAAAACAAUUCAGUAAACAAUUUUCAACUUCAUUCACACUUUCAACCAAAAAACGUGUAAAAAUGGCACCAAAGAAGGCCGCCGCUGCAGAACCAAAAGCCCGAUUGGGUAAAGUAUCGAAUAACUUACGAAUCGGUAUUGUUGGAAUGCCAAACGUUGGUAAAUCAUCAUUUUUCAAUUGUUUAGCAAAAGCAGAUUUAGGAAAAGCUGCAAAUUUUCCAUAUGCUACAAUCGAUCCAGAAGAAACAAAAGUUCCCGUUCCUGAUGAUCGUUUUACAUGGCUAUGUCAAACUUAUAAACCAAAAAGUGAAGUUCCUGCUUUUUUGACUUGUAUCGAUAUCGCAGGUUUAACGGCAGGUGCAAGUACAGGUGCAGGUUUGGGUAACGCUUUCUUGAGUCACGUUCGUUCCGUUGAUGGUAUCUUCCAAGUCGUUCGUUGUUUCGAUGAUGCAGAAGUCAUUCACGUUGAGGGAGAUGUGAACCCAGUUCGUGAUAUGGAAGUGAUCAGUAAAGAAUUACGAUUGAAGGAUAUCGAAUGGGUCGAAAAGCAAAUCGAUACACAAAAGAAAUCCGCAAGAUCAGCAGGUAAUAACAGUCUAGAAGACAGAAAGAAAAAGGAAGAUUUGGGAACGAUGGAAAAGGUUUUACAUAUGAUCAAAGAAGAGAACAAAGAUGUUCGUAAAGGAGAAUGGAACAAUAAAGAAAUCGACGUCAUCAACUCAAUGAUGUUGCUAACAGCCAAACCAGUGAUCUACUUGGUCAACUUGAGCGAGAAAGAUUACGAACGCAAAAAGAACAAAUGGUUACCCAAGAUCAAAGAAUGGAUUGAUACAAACAAUCCAGGAGAUCAAUUGAUUCCAUUCUCGGUUGCAUUGGAAGAACGUUUGAUGGGCGAAGGUGGAAUGGAAAACACAACACAAAGUUUAGCACGUAUUAUUCGUAGUGGAUAUGAUGCACUAGAUUUGAUCAGAUACUUUACAUGCGGUCAACCUGAAUGUCGUGCAUGGACGAUCAGACGUGGAACCAAAGCACCACAAGCAGCCGGUGUGAUUCAUUCGGAUUUCGAACAAAAAUUCGUAUGUGGUCAUAAAUUUUCAUUUGAUGAUUUGAAAGAGUUGGGAUCCGAAAGUGCCGUUCAAUCUGGCGGUAAGAUUUCUCAAAUCGGUAAAACUUAUGAAAUGGUUGAUGGAGAUAUCGUUACUUGGAAAGCAGGUGCUUAGAUUAAAGUUUUUUUCAUUGUACAUCAUACCUAUCCUUACCUUUUGGCAAUGCGAUUGCUUACAUUUUA